CAAAAUGGCAACCUACUGUCUGACUGUCGCCAGGCUUCAGCUGGCGCUGGGCCAUGGCGUACGGCGCCUGCAUGUAUCAGCAGCUUACAGAGCCAAGGCACAAGUGUCUAUGAGCCGGUUUGAGCCCACUUCUUUCGUCAACUACGAGAAACUCCAGUCCAACAUUGACAUUGUGCGAAAAAGGCUCAAUCGACCGCUUACGCUGUCAGAGAAGAUCGUAUACGGCCACCUCGAUGACCCCCACAAUCAGGACAUCGACCGCGGUCGCACUUACCUGCGGCUGCGUCCUGACCGCGUGGCCAUGCAGGACGCCACGGCCCAGAUGGCGAUGCUCCAGUUCAUCAGCAGCGGCCUGCCGAGAGUGGCCGUGCCCUCCACCAUCCACUGUGAUCACCUGAUCGAGGCCCAGAUCGGAGGGACAAAGGAUCUGGCCAGGGCAAAGGAAGUCAACCACGAGGUUUACAACUUCCUGGCCAGUGCUGGGGCAAAAUAUGGAGUUGGCUUCUGGAAACCGGGCUCUGGAAUCAUCCAUCAGAUCAUCCUGGAGAACUACGCCUACCCAGGAGUGAUGCUUAUUGGCACAGAUUCCCACACGCCAAAUGGUGGCGGGCUUGGUGCCAUCUGCAUUGGAGUCGGAGGAGCUGAUGCUGUAGAUGUCAUGGCAGGAAUUCCAUGGGAGCUGAAGUGUCCCAAGGUGAUUGGAGUGAAGCUGACAGGCAGCCUCUCUGGAUGGACCUCACCUAAGGAUGUCAUCUUGAAGGUGGCCGGCAUCCUGACAGUGAAGGGAGGCACUGGAGCCAUUGUAGAAUACCAUGGACCAGGAGUCGACUCCAUUUCCUGCACAGGAAUGGCCACCAUUUGCAACAUGGGAGCAGAAAUUGGAGCCACAACCUCAGUUUUCCCUUACAACCACCGCAUGAGGACCUACCUGGAGAAGACUGGACGUGGACAGAUCUCUGCCCUGGCCGAUCAAUACUCAGACUUGUUGGUACCAGACAAAGGCUGCGAGUACGAUCAGGUCAUCGAGCUCAAUCUGGACGAGCUGAAGCCCCACAUCAACGGACCAUUCACCCCUGACCUCGCUCACCCAGUGGCUGACGUAGGAGCUGUUGCUGAGAAGAACGGCUGGCCACUGGAGGUUAAAGUCGGCCUGAUCGGCAGCUGCACCAACUCCAGCUACGAGGACAUGGGCCGCGCUGCUUCUGUGGCCAAGCAGGCUUUGGAUAAAGGCCUGAAGUGCAAAGCUGAGUUCACAGUCACCCCCGGCUCAGAGCAGAUCCGUGCCACCAUCGAGAGAGAUGGAUAUUCAAAGGUCCUUGGAGAUGUUGGAGGUGUGGUCCUGGCAAAUGCAUGUGGGCCCUGCAUCGGACAAUGGGACAGGCGUGACGUGAAAAAGGGAGAGAAGAACACAAUCGUCACGUCCUUCAACAGAAACUUCACUGCCAGGAAUGAUGCCAACCCUGCAACACACGCCUUUGUUACCUCCCCUGAGAUUGUCACUGCCCUCGCCAUCGCGGGCACAUUAAACUUCAACCCAGAGACAGACUACCUGACAGCCCCUAACGGUGAGAAGUUCAAGCUUGACCCCCCCAACGGAGAUGAACUCCCCGCCAGGGACUUUGACCCAGGCCAGGACACCUACCAGCACCCACCCGCUGACGGCACCAGCCUUAAAGUGGACGUCAGCCCCCAGAGCAACCGGCUACAGCUGCUGGAGCCCUUCGACAAAUGGAGCGGAAAAGAUCUGGAGGACUUGCGGGUUCUCAUUAAGGUGAAGGGCAAAUGCACCACAGACCACAUCAGCGCCGCCGGACCGUGGCUGAAGUUCCGCGGUCACCUGGACAACAUCUCCAACAACAUGCUGAUCGGUGCGGUCAACAGCGAGAACGAUGCCGUCAACAAGAUCAAAAACUACCUGACAGGAGAGUAUGGAGGAGUCCCUGAUGUUGCCCGUCACUACAAGGCCAACGGUGUGUCGUGGGUUGUGGUCGGGGAUGACAACUACGGUGAGGGCUCCAGCAGGGAGCAUGCAGCGCUGGAGCCCAGGCAUCUGGGAGGAAGAGCCAUCAUUGUCAAGAGCUUCGCCAGAAUUCACGAAACUAACCUGAAGAAGCAGGGUCUGCUCCCACUGACCUUCACCAACCCAUCAGACUACGACAAGAUCCGUCCUGAUGACAAGAUCUCCAUCAAGGGACUCGAAACCUUCGCUCCAGGAAAGCCUCUGACCGCCGUCGUGAAGCACGGCGACGGCAGCACGGAGACCCUGGAGCUCAACCACAGCUUCAACGAGACACAGAUCGAAUGGUUCCAGGCAGGCUCCGCCCUCAACAGGAUGAAGCAGCUGCAGCACUGAGGAGGAGGAGGAGU